AUGCGCACAUGGGGCAACACACGGGCUGCUAAACUGGUCAAACAGCGGGUGUAAAAAUGCAUAAGCUGAAGUCUUCGCAGAGGGACAAGGUACGGCAGUUCAUGUCCUUCACACAGGCUGGGGAGAAGACAGCUGUUUACUGCCUCACACAAAAUGACUGGAAACUAGAAGUUGCGACGGACAACUAUUUUCAGAACCCAGAGCUUUACUGUAAGGAAUCCAUGAAAACCUCGGUGGACCGGAAAAAGCUGGAACAGCUUUAUAACCGUUACAAAGAUCCACAGGAUGAAAAUAAGAUAGGCAUCGAUGGGAUCCAGCAGUUUUGUGACGACCUUUCAUUGGAUCCAGCCAGCAUCACCGUGCUGGUUGUUGCAUGGAAGUUUCACGCAGCCACUCAGUGCGAGUUCUCCAAGAAGGAGUUUAUGGAUGGAAUGACAGAGCUGGGGUGCGACAGCCCAGAAAAACUGAAAGCCCUUUUGCCAAGAUUAGAGCAGGAGUUAAAAGACAGUGGGAAGUUCAAAGACUUCUACCAGUUCACUUUUAACUUUGCCAAAAAUCCCGGACAGAAAGGUCUCGAUUUGGAGAUGGCUGUAGCCUACUGGAACUUGGUUCUGUCAGGAAGAUUUAAGUUCCUCGAUCUAUGGAAUAGAUUUCUUUUGGAGCAUCAUAAACGAUCCAUCCCAAAGGACACGUGGAACUUAUUGUUGGACUUUGGUAACAUGAUUGCAGAUGACAUGUCUAACUAUGACGAAGAAGGUGCAUGGCCGGUCCUUAUAGACGAUUUUGUGGAAUUCGCUCGACCAAUUGUUACAGGAUCCAAACGUAAAACUCUCUAAACCCAAUCCCGACUCUGGAAAACCAGAACAUUGUUUCUUUUACAGCGACAUCAUAGUUUUUUUUUUAAGACUUGUA